UUACUACAAUGCUAAUAAACUACACUUCCCAGAAUGCAUUCCCAACACGCGACACGCCUCCCUUACAGUUACUAAGGUUUCGGGUUCAAACAAAAUAGACACCUCAGACCAGAGUAACCCGUUUCACAGAGAAGAGUUUCAAUGCAGAGAUGGCCGUCGCGUUUACAAGCCCAGGUUCAAACAUCCCAGAGAACCUACUGCAACUAUCGCAUUCGUUCGGGUAUGACUGCAGGCGACGAGGAAACCUGCAGCUGCUGGACGAGGACACACUGGCCUUCGUGGCUGGAAACGUGUUGGUUCUUCUAGACAUGAACACCAAACAGCAGCGCUAUAUCCCCAGCCGCAGUGGAGGCGGCAUCGGUGCCAUUAUGCCUCAUCCCAGUCUGAGAUAUUUCGCCAUGGCAGAGAAAGGCAAGCAGCCUGACAUAAUUAUUUAUGAAUAUCCGUCGCUGCAGCCCUAUCGUAUCCUCCGAGGAGGCACGGGUAAGGCAUACAGCUGUGUGAACUUUAAUGGUGAUGGCACGCUGCUGGCGAGCGUCGGAGGCGCUCCUGAUUACAUGUUGACCGUGUGGGACUGGAACCAGGAGCAGGUGGUGCUGCGCUGUAAGGCCUUCUCUCAGGACGUCUACCGUGUCACGUUUUCUCCAGACAACCCAGGCCAGCUCACCACCUCCGGCUCCGGACACAUCAAGUUCUGGAAAAUGGCUGACACCGUCACUUGUUUGAAGCUGCAAGGACUGCUGGGAAGGUUUGGAAAGACCGCUCUGACAGAUAUAGAAGGUUAUGUUGAGCUCCCUGAUGGGAAGGUGGUCUCGGGUUCAGAGUGGGGAAACAUGCUACUGUGGGACGGAGGUCUGAUAAAGGUCGAGAUCGGACGGAAAGACAGACGCACCUGUCACGCAGGGCCUAUACAGCAGUUCGCUCUGGACGAGGGAGAGCUGAUAACCGUGGGCGCAGACGGAGCAGUCCGGUGCUGGGACUUUGAAACCAUCGAUACAGCAGACUGCGUGGACGACAGCGGGCUGUUCGAGAUCGAGCCCAUGAACGAGCUGACUAUAGGCCGCAACGUGAGCCUUUCCUCCAUGGUCAGAAGCGCCGUCCCAGACUCCACUAUCUGGUUUGCACAGGAUUCUAAUGGAGGAAUCUGGAAACUGGACUUGUCGUUCACCAAUAUAACGCUGGAUCCUGAGUGUCUGUUCUCAUUCCACGCUGGUGCAAUCGAGGGAAUGGAUGUGUCUGGAUUCAGUCACCUGAUGGCCACCACUGCAUUCGACCGUUCACUGCGGAUUUUUGACUUCCUUUCCAACAAGGAGCUCACAGUCAGCCAUUACAGACAGGGAGGAAGCGCUCUCACCUGGGCCCCUCGUACGGUGUGUGGUGGUGAGAGUCUCCUGGUGGUGGGCUUUGAGGAUGGAGUAGUGCGUCUGUUGGAGCUCUAUAAUCCUCAGAGUCUACAUGCGGUUGCAGGACACAAGCUCUCUGAGCUUCAUCUCAAACAGGCCUUCAAACCCCAUAAUGCAUCUGUGACAGCCAUCUCCUACAAGCACAAUGGGCAGAUCAUGGCUACUGGGAGUGUGGAUGGCACGGUGUUCUUCUUCUCAGUAGGGGACAGCUAUGAGCCAAUCGGCUUUGUGACAGUACCGGGACCGGUUCUGGGUUUGCAGUGGGCUCCUCAGUCUCAUGAGAGAAACGCUCUGUUAGUUGCUUGUCAGACGGGCCAUGUGGUGGAGGUUGAGGCUCCUGACACACACGAUCGCGCUGCAGGAAACACAUACCAUCUGCACAACCUUCCCAUCAGGCACUUCUGCUUCCACAGCAUCAAAUCACGCAUUAAGAGGGACGCAGAGAUAGCUCGCAGACAGGCCAUGAAGGAGGAGAGACAGAAAGAGGCGACACUCCAGGAAGAGAAGGAUCAGGAACAAACUCCUACAGAGGAAGAGGAAGAGGAAGAAGAGUUGCCACCGAUCUUCAUUCCCAAUCCCCCCAGUCCCCUUCAGUGUGCCUUCUACUCCACUGAGCCUGGAGCAUUCUGGCUCUCUGUGGGAGGCUAUGACUCUGGGUAUCUGUACCACUGUAAGUUUGCGGAGCAGCAGUCUGUGGACCCCUCAGAGAGGAGAGACGAGCCGUUCGCUUAUGUCCCAGUCCAAGAUGCAGAUCAAAACCCCAUCCUCACUGUCUGCUUCUGCGAGACGAGGCAGCUGCUGCUGUGUGGGAUGCAGGACGGCAGUAUCCGGGCUUAUCCUCUGGAGUCAGGGGAGCUGCACCCGGUGCACAUGCAGGCGUACUGGGCGCUCGGUGUUCAUGACAGCCAGUAUGGAAGCCUCCGACAGCUCCGUGUCAGCCAUGACAGCCGCUUCGUGCUGAGCACCGGCGCAGACGGAAACAUCUUCUCGUUCAGGCUGCUGGAGAUGGAGGAGAUGGAGAACGCACUACAGAGGGGACACGCCAAAGUGCCCUCACCACGCCUCAGCCUGGACACGGAGCCUGCACCUCUCGAUAUAGAUGACCCCGCUGCCUACAGUAUAGAGACAGCUAAGCAGAAGCUGGAGCUGGACCGCCUGCACCGGGAGGCUGAAUCGAGGAAGCAGGAGCGCCGUAAGAAGCUCGCUGAGUUGCGAAGCCGUUUCAAAGCCCUGCUGCAGCAGAACCAGUGUCUGCUGGAACACGUCCGCCUGGAGCGCUCGGAGCUGGAGUUGGAUUCACGUUUCCGGGAGGAAGUAGAGAGAUGGACGGCUGAGAGAGUGACGGAGGUGAGGAGAGAAUUAGCCUGGGAGACGGAGAGAUGCCGUAUCGGCCUGCAGAAGCUCCAGGAGAGGUUUUUGGACGCGGUGGCGUGUGACGCAGUGACCGUGUCUGCAAUCAGGAGCGAUCAUAAGGUUUCCACCUACAGGCUGGUAGCUCUGCCCAACAAACUCCACCAGCUGAAGGAGCGGGGAAGAGACGCACAACGUUCUGACCUCGCCGCUCAGGAGCAGUGCGGCCCUAAAGAACAGAAAGAAACUCAUGCAGAUGUCAUCACAGCAGAGGAAGCUUUAGCCGCCACAGCAGCGUCACAGCGGCGAGGGCCACAGGGAGCCGGAGGCAAGCUGGCAGCCAGACAGGCGGAGAAACUGCGCAAGGCAGCCGAGAAAGCGGAGAAGGCUCGCGCCAGGAUAGAGCAGAGGAAGAGAGACUGGGACGAACUCUACGCCGCCAAACCCAGCGCGGACUACGAGGAUCCAGAAGACAUCCGCGCAAUCCGGUCGGCCGCGGAGAACAUGGGCGACUUCAAACUGAAGACGGCGAAGGACUUCACGGUGCCGGAGCACCUGAGGAUGAACGUGGAGAAGAAGACGGCACAAGUGAUCGAGCUGGAGGAGCAGAUCUACCAGAGGAAAAUCCAGAUGAACGAGCGCGUGCUGGCCCUGCGGGACUCAAAGGUGGCUCUCGUCUCCCAGUUCCACUCCCAAAUGCGGCAGCUUCAGGCCGUUCAGAAGCUCCUCCCCCCAGAUAAGCACCGCCCACCACCCGCCACGCCCACACUGACGCCCGAGGAGACACCUGAGAGAGAGAUGCAGUACAGCCGCACCACGCUGAAGCACUAUGCCGCUGCGCGGGCCAAAAUGAGCCACACCAGCUGGGACGAGAAGCACGAGGAGCCUCAGGAUGUGCUGGAGAUGAUGCAACAGGAAGGUGAUGAGGACACACACGCCGAGGAGGAACACACACACGCCGAGGAGGAACACACACACGCCGAGGAGGAACACACACACGCCGAGGAGGUACACACACACGCCGAGCAGGUACACACACACGCCGAGGAGGAACACACACACGCAGAGGAGGAACACACACACGCAGAGGAGGUGCACGCACACUCAAGGAAGAACCUCAGCGAGCUAGAACAGGAGAUGAUGGAGGUGGAGGAGAUUCGCAACCUUUACCUGCAAGACAAACUGAUGCAACAGCUGGAGGAGGCCGUGUGUGUGUUCGAUGCUCGGCUGCGUCUCCUGCGUCAUGAGAAAAGCACGCUGGACGUGCAGAUGAAGCUGGCUGACCUCCGACACGUCACGCUGUCCCAGGAGCUCCUCAUGCUUAAAGAGUUCGAGAAGAGAGAGAUCACGCUACAGGAGAGGCUAAACGCCUGCGUGCAGGAGGAGAGAGAGCUCAGGUUGAAGCUGGAGGAGUGUAAAUAUCAGUUGGAGGUGAAGAAGAGAGACAUCGCGAAGCUGCAUGAGAGAGAGAAAGUGCUAGCCUCCACGUUCCAGGCUUCACUCGGAGACAACAACAAGUUUGCAGAUUUCCUCACCAGAGUCUUCAAGAAGAAGAUCAAACGAGUGAAGAAGAAAGAGAAGCCUGGCACCGAUGAGGAAGAAGAGGAGAGUGAGGAAGACUCUGAUGAAGAAUCAGACUGGGACAGUGAUGAGGAUGAUGAAAGCUUGGACGGAGCCGGUGGCUUUGACGAUAGCGUCUGUCCUCAGAACUGCGACCCGGAGCUUUUCGAGAGCACGUUAAGUUUGCGUGAGCAUCGUCUGGAUUUGGAGGAGCUUUUGCACGAGGAGAAAAUGAUAGCAGACAGCCUGAGGAAGGAGUGUGACUCGCUAACCAAGAAAGAGAAGAUAGUGCAGAGCAACCUGAAAGCAGCAGAGGGCGACCUGGAGCUCUUAAACCGAGAGAAGCAGCAGAAGGUCAAUGAGCUGGAUGUGGUCGUGCCACUGAGACUGCACCAGAUCGAGUAUAUGAAUAACGGAGCGAUGCCCUCUGACCUGAGCGGGGCGCUGUUGAUGAACGCGGCGUCCGUGAGCCGAUUGCACGAACGCAUUAAGGAGCUGCAGCAGGAGAAGAGCGCUCAGAGGCAGUUAUACAGACAAGCAAGCCAACAACACGUCCAGCUCCGAAACGACCUCCGAGACAUGGAGGCCGAGUGUCAGGAGUUAAAGGCACACUGCGAACAAGUGAUGUUCAAGAAGUUCGGGAAGCUGGUGGAUCUGGAGGCUCUGCAGACUCUGAGCGGCAGCCGGAAGCUGGAAGAGAUGAAGUACGAGAGGCAAGUGCGGGAGGCUCAGAACAGGCAGGAGCUCAGGAUGUGGCAGAUGAAAGUGGCCGCUGCCAAGCAGGAACUGACCGACGUGACCAGAGAGCACACAGCACGUCUGCGCAGCCUCAACAGCCUGCUGACCGAGAAAAAGCUGCUGGACGACAAACUCAAUGCCAGGCAGAGGAAGAUGAGCCACCAGUUCCAGGGCUCCCGACAGGCUGAUCAAGAGGACAUCCAAAGGCUGCAGCUGCACGUCCAGAACCAGGCAGAGAAAAUCAAAUGGCUGAAGCAGGAGAUCAGCAACCUGUCUCGCAAAGGCGGCCACGUCCUACCCCCGAGUGAGCCUAGUUUACCAAGUUUACCCUCCAUCCAUAGAAACACCCCCCUUCAACGCAGGCGUGCUUUACCUUAGACGCAUUUGGCCUUUUGAUUGACUUAAAAGAACGCUUCGGUGUAUUUCUGAAUCCUAAUCUAUAUCCACUGAGAGUCACAGAGUUAUCCUGGGACAAACCUAAGCUCAAUAAAGUGUCUAGGAGACAAAUGUAAAAUCUCUGGAGAAAAUCUGCGCCGUGUUCAUCAAUAACAGCACUUUAUUAGAUAAUAGAAAAUGUGAUAUGAAUAAAUAAUAACAAUAAAAAAAUUAUAUAUAUGUAUAUAUAUAUAUAAAGGCAAAUACAGACUUCUAUUUGAGAUUUCUUUUUUUUUUCUUUCUUUAGAGGUUCAAGUCUAUAACGCUUUACCCGGGUUCUCACCGUGUUUCCUCAGAAAUACCGAACGUGGAAAAGUUGUAACCAAAAACAAACAUGCUAAACGUUCCAUUUCUCUCAUUUGUCCUGUCGUCUGCUUCGUCGUUCUACUUUUUAGUUUCUCCUCCCAAGGCAUUUUGGGGGCAAAAAAAGAAUGACCGAGUAAACAAUCCAUCUCGUUCAUGUUCAUUACACCAGUGACUGUAUUUCACACACGUGAAGCGGACGUGAAAAAUAUCAAAGUGCGAUUGGAGGUCACGUGACAUGGCUGUCACUGAUAGGCUGCAUGACUCUACAGUCCGGGCUAGAAAGAAAUCAGCCCCAGCCUCAGGUCUCAUAUCUUUAUAUUUAUUUGAUGUCUUUUUAUCUUUGAAAGAUAGGGGGCCUAUGCUGCAUUCAACUAAAGAUAGCUAAUUGACUACAAAAGUAACUCAGAAUUUCCAACCUUCAACUAAGAAAAACCAAUGAACACACCCGCUCAGCUCUGAACGCCUACUCGGAAAGUCUGGAGAGUGUCCUUAAACCCUGAGUUAAGUGUGUGUGUGUGUGUGAUAGCCUCUGACAGGCUUCAAUCCUAUAGAGAACUUGUAGGAUUAUUAGGAACAGCAGGUGAAAAACACAGUAUUAGAAAGAAGAAAAAAAAUGACACACCCGGCAAAUUUUUCUUCUUUCUUUCUUUUUUGAUUCCUCGAACAACGACUCGGUUCGGCCUUGACGCGAUUACAGACGAGGAGGUCUUUGGUUCACUUCAGCGGUUUAAGGAGCACUUGAGUUUAUUCGACCUCCUCAAUGGGCCGAUAAAAUAUCACACAUAAUAACUGCGUGCCAUAAAGUGGCUGGGAAAUUGCGAUGCAAAAACGGCGAGUUCAGGGUCGCCGGGGAAACGCUGCGGGCCCAGCGGAGGAGCGGGUGAAUAGGGGAUUAACCCCGUCCCAGUGGCUCUCAAUGCAGCCCCCUGCCGAGAGCCAAGAGCCCAUUCCCAUGUGCUGCCCUUUAUUCCGGUCAUUCAAGAGUCAAUAGGCAACCCCUCCUCAAACACACACACACACACACACACACACACACACACACACACACACACACACACACAAAAUGAUAUUGCUAUAUUUAUGAGGUAUUUCCCUUGAUUUGUACAUUAGUGCUAUUAGUAUAAUCAUUUUUUCCCCCCUCAAAUAAAAGGUGUUUAUUUAUUUAUUUAUUUUUAACGUUUAAAGCCAGCUUUCUUCCUGGAGGUCCAACAAGGGUCAAAAUUCAAAAUAAUCUUUUCAUCAACAUUAUUUGAGGGACUCACUACCAGAUAGAGAUGUAAUAGAGAUGUAUUUAAAAAAAAAAAAAUUUCAACUAUAUGUAUUGCAAUUUAUUAAAAACUUGUUCAUGAACAUUUAAUGUGUAACGUUAUAUUGAGACCUGAUUCCUAUCUGGAGCGUUUGAGGGUCAGCGUUAUUGGUUAUUCCCAAUAGAGAUAGGAAUACAUGGUCAUUUCGAUGCUGUUGUUAUAUGUGGCUUGAAGAAACGAGAGUGCGAUUAAAAUAACUCAGAUAACACAAGGGAUUUCCAAAAACCUGCACUGAGAUAAUGAUUAAUGAUCCGUACAUAUAUCAUACAGGCACAUUUUGCCCCUGCGAAAAGUACACACACACACAUCUAUUAAAAUACCAGCUCAGACUCACACCCACACCCAUUAAGAUUAAGUCCACGGUGCAUCCCAUGCAGGCCCACUCUCAGACACUCAGACUCCGAAUCGAUCUCUUUCUCUCAUUAAUUCUUUCCCCUAACAAACCCUUGUUCCCCUUCACCCCCCUC